AUGCUUUUACGUCCCUUACUCCGCGUCCUUCAGAUUAUCACAGCCUCGCGUUCUAUUUUCCGGUUGAUCUUGAUCCCAGACUGGAAUGGGUUCGGCGUCCAGAUUCUCUGCAUUCAAAGGCGAAUGAUGAGGGAUUUCGUUUUCGGUCGCUGGCCGAGGAUAAGAUGGCCGUAUAUUCUUUGUCGAGGAGGCUGCCGAGACGACAAUCCCAAGCCCAACCAUAGCGUUACAUCUUUCACGAGAGGAGCCUAUUGGACUGGACCUUUGGUAGUUUUUCGAAGAGGUAGCUCUGAAUUUGACCCAGCAAUUAUACAGGAUGUUCUUUUGGAUGACCUCCCCAGAGUCAUACGAUUGUUGAGACAGAUUGGCAAUGGAAGUCAAGUAAUGAAACACAAAGUCUUCAAGCAAAGUUUCAAUACUUCGAAAUGCGUAAUCAUCAAAUGUAGGGGCGAUCAUAUGAAUGCUUCAGGGGAGACUCAGCUUGCGUUCACCAGAGUCCCAGAAUUGCACCCGAUUUUCGAGGGGCAGCCCACAAAUAUCUCGCGAUUGAUGGGGAUUCCGUUAAUAAUACAAAAAAUACCUCGAGAAGCUGGGAGAGACGUUGUGUUCGAUGAAGAUCACUUGAGAAACGAUUUUUGUGGUACCCUUCACCUUGAUACUCUUCCUCAUAGUGAGACGUGGGGUGAAAUACCUUCACAAUGGCAUGAGAAUGUGGGAACUGUUCUGGUAGUGAGACAGGACAGAAAAGAUAUCACCACGCUUCAACUAUUGGCGAUUAUGACAUACAUUAGGCUAUUGGAUCUUAAAGUAGUAGAAGAUGAACCCGAUGUUAGAAAAAAACAGAGAUUUCUAGAGGGGUACUUCACCCGAAGCAAAUUCGAAGAAUUUUUCUUCGGCUGCUUUGCAGCUGCUCUGGAUGAGAACCCGCAGCUAGACGGAGACCUGAUAUCUCCCUAUAGCAACUCAUAUGAUUCAAUAGGUAUAUCACAGGACUCUUCAUCAGUAGGUAGAGCGAUAGAUCUGUGGCACAGAACUGGACUUAGUACAGUGUUUAUCGCCGAUGAUUAG